CCGUUGGCCUACUUCAUCCUUGCAGCGCGCCUUCGAGCCGGCCCUAAGCCGCCACCGGGGCCAUGGGCGCUCCCGGUGAUCGGUCACUUGCACCACAUGAUAGGCAAGCUUCCGCACCAUAGGAUGCACGACCUUGCCCGAUGGCAUGGCCCACUUAUGCUACUCCGCCUUGGUGACCUGCCCGUCGUGGUAGCUUCGUCGACGGAGGCGGCCCGCGAAGUCAUGAGGACAAAUGAUGUGGCCUUCGCGACGCGCCCCAUCAGCAUGAUCAAGCGGCUGACCCUAGUUGACGGCUCAGAGGGGCUCAUCUUUGCGCCCUACGGCAGCGCCUGGAGGCAGCCGCGCAAGAUUUGCACCGUCGAGCUGCUUAGCACCCGAUGCGUGCAGUCCUUGAGAGGCAUCCGCGAGCAGGAGGUCCAGCGCCUCCUCCAGGAGGUGUCGGCGGCAACGGCAACACCAGGGGUGGUGGUGAACCUUAGCGCACUACUGUCAUCGUAUGUCAAUGACUCGACAGUGCGCGCCAUUAUAGGCAGCCGGUUCAAGGACCGGGAGACGUUCCUUCGGCUAAUGGGGGAAGGUAUCGAGCUAUUCUCAAGACCCGGCUUGCCGGACCUCUAUCCGUCGUCACGCUUAGCGAUGCUCAUCAGCCGAAAACCACGCCUGAUGAAGCAGCACCACCAUGAAAUGAUGGGUUUCAUGGAAACCAUCAUCCAGGAGCACCAAGUGCCACCACGAGGCGUGGGUGACAAAGAGGAGGACUUGGUUGACGUGCUCUUGAGAAUCCAGAAAGAAGAUGACUCCUUGGAGUUCCCUCUCACCGCACACACAAUCAAAGCCGUGAUGGCGGAUUUAUUUGUCGCAGGUAGUGAGACCUCAGCAACGAUGCUACAAUGGGCCAUGUCCGAGCUCCUGAAGAACCCGAGGGUGAUGCAAAAGGUGCAGGGAGAAGUCCGGCGAGUGCUCAAUGAGCAAGGCAAAGUGACGGAGGAGAGCUUAAGGAAUAUACACUACUUGCACCUAGUCAUCAAGGAGACUCUUCGGUUGCACCCGGCGCUGCCACUGCUACUACCACGGGAGUGCCGCUCGCCAUGCCAGGUACUCGGGUUCGACGUGCCAGUGGGGGCUACAGUGCUUGUGAACGCUUGGGCCAUCGGUAUGGAUCCGAUGCAUUGGGACAAGCCAGAGGAGUUCAUGCCAGAGAGGUUUGAAUUCAACACCGUUGACUUCAAGGGUGGAGACUUUGAGUACACACCAUUUGGGGCGGGACGAAGGAUGUGCCCCGGGAUGACGUUUGGGCUGGCAAAUAUGGAACUUGCGCUUGCUAGUAUCUUAUACCACUUUGACUGGGAGCUGCCACACGGGAUGGCGGUGGCGGACCUGGAUAUGGCAGAGGUUGUCACGGUAACCUCGCGGCGGAAACAUGACCUUCUGGUGGUUCCCGUGGUUCGCGUGCCGAUAUAG